AUGUCGGCCCCGACCGCUGACGUCGGCCGCCUCUGCCGCAAGCUCACCGACAAUGAUCCCGACCUGCGCUACAUGGCUCUCAAUGACCUGCACCAGCUCAUGGUCAACGGCCACCCCAGCUUCCUCACCCACGAUUACAGUGGUGCUAGCAAGAUCCUUGACGGCCUGAUCGACACCCUCAACGACACCAACGGAGAUGUCCAGAACCAGGCCGUCAGGUGUCUGGGCCCUUUUGUCAACAAGGCACCAGACACUGUCCUGUCGGCUACCAUUGAGCGCAUCUCCACCAUUUCCACGGAAAAGUCGGUCGACAGCUCGGUCCCGGCUCUCGCCCUCCGCACCAUCGUCGUAUCCCUCCCCAAGCCUGUGGCCGGUGUUCCCCGCACCCCGGCAGUCGCGAACGCAUACAUGUCCGUCAGCAAGACAUUGAUACCCAGGCUCAUCGGCUCGGCGUCUGGACGCACAUCGCAGAAGGGUAUGCUGGAGGAAGACAUAGAGAAGGGGACGGACAGCACCGCCAUCGAUGUACUCAUCGAGAUUGCUAGGUGUUUUGGAAUAAUGCUGCAAGAAGCUGAGCUUGUUGCACUGCAGAAUGUGGUGUUGCAAAUCAUCCAGAGCGAAAAGGCCGGCUCUGUUCUCAAGAAGAAGGCGGUUGCUGCCAUGUCCACGCUGGCGGUGCACUUUUCAGACCAGACUCUGAGCGCCGUCAUCUCCCGUUUUAUUGAAAACAUGAGGCAGGCGCACUUGACGCGGGUUCAGCGGAAGCUCCAUAUCACGAUCCUUGGAUCCAUGGCUCGCGCGACCCCCAAGAAGUUCGGCCCUUACCUCAAGACCCUCGCCCCGUUUGUGUUGAGUGCUUUGAGCGAAAGUGAGCUCAAGGAAGAGAUGGAGGCUUGGGAUGGCGAGGAGGAACGCGAUCCCGAGACCGACGAAGUUCACGAGGCUGCUCUGGUCGCGCUCGAGAGCUUCUUGACAUCCUGCUCCCAGGAGAUGCGCGUUUUUACCGAAGAAAGCAUUGACGCUGGCAUUCGCUUCUUGAAAUACGACCCGAACUUGGCCACGGAUGAGGACGAUGAGGACAUGGAUGCAGAGGAUGACGACGAUGUUGAUCUCGAAGACGAAGACUUUGAGGAAGAAGCAGGUUUCGAUGAUGAAGACGACGGCAGCUGGAAGGUUCGCCGGUGCGCUUCCAAGGUCUUGAAUGCGCUCAUCUCCACGCGCAGCCAUGGCGACUUGCUGGAUGAUGGAACUUUGUACCAACGGGUUGCGCCCGCUCUCAUACCGCGUUUCAAAGAUAGGGAGGAGAGCGUGCGUUUGGAAGUCUUGGGGACGCUCGCUCACCUUGUGCAGCAAUCGAAGCCAGACGUCUUAUCUUCAGCUCGUGUGAACCGGGAGGCAUCCAAUUUGGGGCUCAUGGGUCCACCACCGUCCCGCAAGAGGAGACGGGUUGGCAGCGACGCGAGCAUGUUCGACUUGAACACUAACGCUUCGUUGUACGCGGGUAUCACUGCGGCGAGCCUGGAUAGCCAACCUUUCUCCGGACCACAAGAGAGCCUGGCGAAAUUGGUUCCUGACAUUGUGCGAGGAAUCGUCCCGCUUCUGAAGUCUGGGACUCUUCCCACCAAGCAGGCAACCAUCUCGCUGCUGAAGGAUGUUGUCAUCACGCAGGGCGGUGGGCUUACAGCCUACGUUGAUCAGAUUGUCGAACCUGUCGUCGAAGCAGCCAAAGCCACCAGCAACCAGACGGGUGGGUCUGGUGCUUCAUCCGCUACCGCCACCACUCUUCGGAUUGUUGCACUGCAGCUUCUACAGGCCAUCGCCGAGACCCACUCUGCCGAGUUAUUGCAACCUUAUCUGUCGAAGAUUGUACCGACUCUCGAGACUGCGUCCAAGGAGCGAUACAGCAAAGUGUCUUCCGAGGCACUUGCGGCUACUGAAGGGUUCGUUAAGGACUUGACUCCGCCGAGGACGGAGGCUGGAAGCAUAGAGAACAAAGCGUACCUUGAGCAGCUCUUCGACAUCCUUACCAACCGUAUCUCUGCCAAUGAAGCUGAUGUCGAAGCACGACGCCGCGCGUUACACGUCCUGGGUCUUCUAUUGGGCCGCAGCUCUGGAUCGGAAGCUUUCAUUUCGCAAUCGAAGAGGACGGAGGGUCUCCAGCUCCUUUCUGAUCGCCUCAAGAACGAAGUCACGCGUCUCGCCUCGGUGCGUGCGAUCGAGGUUGCCGCCGGCCUAUCGCAAAACAGCGCAGAGUUCUCAUCGGAAUGGGUGAGGGAUGUUGCGCUUGAGCUUAGUGCCCAAUUGCGCAAGGCCAGCCGGUCGCUUCGCGGCGCCAGCUUGAUUGCUUUGAGAACCAUUGUCAUCAACCCUGUGACCCGCUCGCACCUUGACGGCAAGACGAGCAACGAGAUUGAAAACAUGCUGAUUACCCCGAUCAAGAGCAACGACUUGCAUCUUAUGGGCCCUGCCCUCAUCAUUCUGGCCACCUUUGUCUCAAACGAUCCCAGCAGUGUUGUUAACCAGGAGUUGGUCGACGCCCUGAAGGGUGUGGUUCAAGCCAACGUCAGUGGCACUGCGCUCGAUGCUCUUCUUACCUUGGUCAAGGCCAUUGCGGAGAAGAACGCUGGCGGUCCUCUGAUGAAUUCGCUUCUGCGUGAAGUCGGUGUUGCAGGAAACCCCGAUCUCAUCGGAAAGGUAGUCGGCACUCUUCUUGUCUACAGCACGUCAGGCAUCCAAGUGAAGGUGGAUGACUUUGUCAAGGAGCUCAACACCGCUGCAGACUCCAAGCGACAGUGUCUGGCUCUGGCCGUUCUAGGUGAAGCUGGCCUCCGGAUGGGCCAGUCCUCCCCGCUCGAACCUCAGCUCUUUGUAACCCGUUUCGAGGGCAAAGACCAAGUGCCGUUGGCUGCCGCCGUUGCACUCGGCAGAGCUGGUACUGGCAACCCCAAGACGUACCUGCCUUUCAUUGUGUCUACGAUGAGCCAGGCGUCUGCCAAGCAGUAUCUCUUGCUCCACUCGAUUCGGGAGAUUCUUCAGCACAGAAGUGCGGACGCGGAUUUGCUUCCUUUUGCGCAGGACCUUUGGCAGCAGAUCCUCAAGGCAUCGCAGCUUGAGGAUAACAGAGCUAUUGGCGCGGAGUGCAUUGGAAGGCUCACGAUCAUUGAUCCGAAGACCUUCCUCCCGCAGUUACAGGAAUUCUUGGGUAACACGGAUGCUGGAACUCGGGCCAUGGUCAUUUCGGCCCUCCGCUACACGUUUGCGGAUACGGACGAGACCUACGACGACGUCCUUCGCCCGAUGGUCAUUCCAAUGCUCACGACCAUGCUCAGGGAUUCGGACUUGGACAACCAGCGCCUUGCUCUCACGACCAUGAGUUCGGCUGUGCACAACAAGCCCGAGCUGGUGUUGCCGCAGCUGCAGGAGCUGUUGCCGCUCGUCAUGGACCGGACGGUCAUCAAGCCCGAGCUCAUUCGCGAGGUGCAGAUGGGCCCGUUCAAGCACAAGGUCGACGAUGGCCUCGAAGUGCGCAAGGGUGCUUACGAGACGCUCUACACGCUGCUGGAUACUGCCGUCGCUCGUUUGAACAUUCCCGACUUCAGCGAACGCAUCAUUGCGGGCAUCAUCGACGACCACGAUGUGCGCACGCUUUGCAAUCUGAUGCUGACGAAGCUGGUGCAUCUGGCGCCGGACGAGACGAAGCUGCGGCUCGGAAGCAUCGCGGACCACUUCAAGACGGUGAUAGCGACGAAGCCCAAGGAGAACGCGGUCAAGCAGGAGAUUGAGAAGAUUGAGAAGAGCGCUCGAGGCGUAGCCAAGGUGUCGCUGGACAUCAACAAGAACCUGAGCGUCGGGGGAAUUGAGACGGCGGGGUCCGAGGACCCGAACGUCAAGGCGUGGCAGGUGUACUGGGACUGGGUCAGGAGGGAGCAGGCGGCGCUGUUGAAGACGGUGGAGGAGGAGAGCCGUGCGGAGAGGGACCGUUAA